AUGGAGUUCUUGACAGCUUUAGUUUUGUUAGCUUCGGGUACUUUUUGCAUCUUUUUCUUGCUGUUGAAUUGGAAUGAGAUUAGAUAUGGGAGAAAAGGGCUGCCUCCUGGCACUAUGGGAUGGCCAGUUUUGGGUGAAACAAUCAAAUUUCUCCAGGAAGGACCAAAUUUUAUGAAAAAGCAAAGAGGAAGAUAUGGAAAUAUUUUCAAAUCUCACCUACUGGGAAGCCCAACCAUUGUUUCAAUGGACCCUGAGCUCAACAGAUAUAUAUUUCUGAAUGAGUCAAAAGGGCUUGUACCUGGAUAUCCACAAUCAAUUUUGGACAUAUUAGGUAGACAUAAUAUUGCUGCUGUAACUGGAGGCCCACACAAGCAAAUUAGAGGGGCUGCUAUGUCUCUUAUUGGGCCUGCUGCAGUGAGAGAACAAUUGCUGCCCAAGAUUGAUAAGUAUAUUAGGCUCUUUCUUCAAGAUUGGGAGGGCAAAAUCAUUGACAUUCAAGAAAAAUCCCAGGAGAUGGCGUUCUUCCUAGCGUUCAAGCAGAUUUUGGAGGAUGACGAAUCGAGUUUAGUUUAUAAAUCUAUGAAAGAAGAAUUUGAUCAAUUGGUUGAAGGAACAAUUUCGCUGCCCAUCAAGCUUCCAGGAACAAGUUAUUAUAGAGGAUUUCAGGCUAGGAAAAAAAUUAUCAAACUUCUUAAACGAAUUAUACAGAGCAGAAGAGUCCCCUCAACGACCUCGACUGAACAAAGUGACAUGCUCAAUUGGCUAUUAUCAAAUGAUGAUUCAAUCAAUUAUAAACUCAACGAUGAGGAGAUUUAUGAUCAGAUAAUAAUGAUCCUAAAUUCUGGAUAUGAAACUGUGUCUACUACAACAAUGAUGGCUAUCAAAUAUCUUGGUGAUCAUCCAAAUGCUUUGGAAGAACUCAUGGAUGAGCAUAUUAUGAUUCGUCAAGACAAAUCACCUGAUGAGCCAAUUGAUUGGUUAGCUUACAAAAGAAUGAGCUUCACUCGUGCUGUCAUAUUUGAGACCAUGAGAUUGGCUACCAUUGUAAAUGGCCUACUGAGGAAGGCAACCAAUGACAUGGAGUUAAAUGGUUUUUACAUACCAAAAGGAUGGAAAAUCUAUGCCUUCACAAGAGAAAUUAAUUAUGAUCCAAUUCUGUAUCCGGAGCCAUUCGAGUUCAAUCCAUGGAGAUGGCUGCAAGAUAAAGGCUUGGAGUCCCAUAAUUACCAAUUCUUAUUUGGAGGAGGAACUAGACUAUGCCCAGGAAAGGAAUUGGGAAUAGUUACUAUAUCCAUGUUUCUUCAUUAUUUUGUAAUCAAAUACAGAUGGGAAGAAAUAGGAGAACAGAAGAUUAGUCAAUUUCCAAGGGUUCAAGCGCCAAAGGGAUUACACAUAAGGAUUAUGAAGCAACAAAAAUGGCCACAUUGCUGAUUCUCGACCCAUCUUCGACUUCUUCAUCCGUCAUAGUAUAAUUCAAAAAAUAUGACAAUUUUUCUUUUCUUUUCUUUUUUUUUUCCUGAGGAAACGUUUAUAUAUUAGUUCGAC